GUGCAUGAUUCUUCUUAAAAAGCCUUGACCGGUGUUUCCACGUCGAGAAAAAUGCAGGCUCAGUUAAUUGAAGAUUCAUUCUCCGCCCCUCAUAGAAAUACGUCAUGAUCGAUCCGUUAUUGUUAACCAUACGGCAUAAGCUCAAUUUUGAUUUUUUUUUGCCUUAUGCCAAAAGUUGCACUUGAGUACUUUAGUCGAGCAGUAAAGAGUUUUGUUCAACAACGCUAUAUUUUAUGUCUAAUUAUCAGUAUAACUCUCUUCUGCAAGGACAUCGGCAAGCUGUCAUAUUCGUCUAUCCUUUCCCACUAUUUUGGAAUCCACUGGGAUCAGCAACAGACUUGAAGCACCAGGCGCCUGCUUCUACGAUUUUUUGUGACGAAGAGACUUGAACAGGGGCAGAGCAGGACGAAGAUGUCGUCCCCUACGUCUUCGCGGGCUUCACUGCGAAGAACGUCAGCGGCAAAGAAUGGCGAACGACCCACAUCGACGUUUUCAGAAAGCACAUCACUCUUAAGUGAAAAUGAUGCCGGUAAUUAUUUUGCGUCAUUUUUUGAUUCAUCUGUCAGAAAUGUUGAACAUUUAUCAAUCUUUAAAAAAUGUAUGGAUGACGUUUAGUACCCACUUGUGUCUCCACUAUAUUGAUAAAGAUGUUCUUGAUCUCAUUGAUACUUGCUCCGGCCUGCAUUCACUUUUUCCGUCAACUAUACUUUUCUAGUAUCUUAACCUCUUAACCUUUUUAUUUUCCUUUAUUUUAGGUGCGGCGAAAAUGUGGAAUAAAUCUCACGUGCCCACCAGAAACUAUGGGUCUCUGGAAAGUGGCAGCGGGGCUGUUAGUAGUACAACGGCAAGCGGCUCUUCCGACCAGAGCAGUAGCAACGAGUCGGAAUGGGAUGUCAAGCCAGGAGGACUGGAUCAUCUUCAGGAUCGAUCGUGGUCCCCUGCGCGAUCUGGCGAAGAUCCAGGUCUCGAACUCCAGCAGAGUCAAUCAGCAGAUAACGUCGAGCCAGAGUUCGUUUUUUUCGACUACUUUAAGGCUUUAUUGUUCUUAAUAUUGUUCUAUCUAUUGAUUUUUUUGUAUAUAUAAUCUUCUUCUUCUUCUUCCUCUUGAGGAAGAUCUUCGCCAUCCGCUCCGGCUGCGUCCUCCUUUUUACAAGUACUGGUGGCUGGAGAAUAUAUGAAUAUUGCGUGUAUCUGAGUAUGAUGUAGGUGCACCACCUUCAGUAGCUAUGUCUUCUCAUUACAAGAUAUCGCUGAAGAUGCUGCAAGAACCCAGGAUAAUGCAGAUUAUGUGAAAUUGUUCUUGAUGACCUUUCUAAUGUCUCGGCGGAGAAGCCUGGAUACCGUGUGUGCUCUUGGGGCGUCUACCACUACACGGCUUGGAAGAUUUUCGGGGGAAUUUUUGUUGUCUCCUUCUGCCUUGGCGCUCUCCGUUGUACGCUGCUUUUGAUGCGAGGCGAGGAGUCUUCGGCGUUCUUGGAGUGGUUCUGGAUCAUUGACAACGCCUUGCUGAUUCUGUAUCUUUCGCGCUGUGUUUACAAUGUAAGCAUGCGGGUCUGGGCGCCGACGAUCGAGGAAAUGACACCACAGUCCCUCCUGCCGACAACAAAGACGACACCACGCGGAGCUUCAUCGACAGGACACAAUCAACAUGAACUAUCGUCCAUCUAUAGAUCAUCGCCAGCACAACUACAACACGCAGAUGAGGAGGACGACGGGCGAAGCCACGAAACAACUGAUCCUGAGCAGCAUGUUGAUUGUAGUACCAUCAAUCUUGAUGAUGACACGGAGCUUUCUUCUAAAAAACGAGCUCAGAGGGCGAUGGCCCGAAGCGCGUCAUCGGGUCCAGCCUUCUACGCACUGACCGAUCAGGAGUCUAAUCCCAUGGAGGACAGCGCUCGCGAUUUCUUCUCUACUUCCCAAAGUUCGGUGACCCCAAGUUCGAUGAAAAGUAGGGAAAAGAACACCGCAGGAACUGCAUCUUCGGGGCCUAUCUUUUACGCGAUAACGUCAGAUCAGGAAGAGGAGCACUCUAGAUCGUCUCCUUCAUCUUCUGAUAGUGAUCGGGAUUAUUUCCCUGCAACGUUAAACGCGAUGGUGGACCGACAAACGCAGUGCAAAGACACCGCCUCCGACCGCUGGUGGCUACACGAAAAAAUCACUUCCUUCUUCACGGGCAACAGAGCAGAUGUUGAUGACAGGUGUCAAAACACGGAUGAGUCUUGCGAGGAGAGGAGUGGCUGCUGCAGCGAGGAGGAAGGCGAGGACCGGAUGGAGCCGUCUGAAGUUAUCCACUGCAUCACCAUCCUGCACUACAAAGAGCCCUUUGAGAUGCUCGACCGCUUGCUGCAGCAAAUCGGACGGUGGAAGUGCGCGGGCGAAAAGGUCGUCUUGAUCGCCAUGGAGGAUGCAUCUUCCGACAAGGAGGAAAAAAUGAAAGCCCUUGCCAAAAAUGCGCGGCAAAGUAACUGCGAAGAAAGGGGAGCGAAGAACAACACGGCGACUCCAUCUCCUCACAGAUUAUCUGGUUCCGGCGCCUUUUCCUCUAUCGUCAUGGAUUUGGAAGCCGGUAAAGCUGCCACGGGACCUAAGAAAAGUGAUGACGCGGAAAAUCAGGGCUCUCCUAAAGAGCACAUUGUAGACGUCGAUGAGCCACUCAUUGGCAAUGAAGCAUCGGCACCGAAGCAACAAAGCGGACCGAUUCCACGAGGCGGCAUAGACAAGCUUCUCUGGUGCACGCACACUCUACAACCGGAGACUGAGGUUGCAGGAGCCCACUCGAAUCAUUUCUAUGCCCAGCUCUGCAUGGAAAAGUACUUCCGGGCACGUGGGCAGCUAUCCCGGGUCAUCAUGUUAUGGAUACGCUUCUUUUUCAGAUAAACUAUCUGACGAUAUUGGAAGCUGUAACGUUGCGAAGUCGUCUCGCGCAGAAGUGCGAAGAAACUUCAAUUCAGAACACUCUUUUUUCUUGGAUUUUCUCUCUGCGAUCCCGUUAGACAAGAAUUAUCAUUUUGCAGUGAGAAUUAACCACAUAUAUAAUACAUCUAAUAAUUACGAAGCUCGAUACAAAUAUGGAGAUCGCCUCCGUUUCCGUAUCGCAGGGCGGGGAGGAGGAUAGAAUGCUGGAGGAAGUUGAGGCAAUCUGGUGCUACAAGUGCCAAAACGCAGAGGAACGAAAAGGUGCGUGCUUCCUUCCCUAUUUCGUUUGGAUCGGAGAGGCCGCUAUUCCGAGCCAAAGUUGUGUAGCCGGCACUUCCACUUCUACCGGGCUGAUGUCCGUACAGGAACCUCUAGGUGAACUGCGCCGACGUGGGAUCGUCGAGCGCGUUCUAUCCGGCAUGUCAAACAUGAACAGCGGUAAAGACAUCGGCAACACCGUGGUUUGUGGGUCACUAGAAGGUGCGUGCGAGGCUGGCUACUGCCCACCCACCAUGUGGUCUGAUGAUAACAACUGCAACACGCUUCGCCUGGCUGCGUUGCCGGAGGGAAAGCGCUAUCACCUUCGCACUGCGUUGCUCGCCAAAUUGUGGUUUCCUUCGGCGCCAACUGCGGAGUUUUCCCAAUGGGAUUUCUUGCGAGUGGUGUGCAUACCGAAGUUCAAGCGGUGGUUUGUCGCGGAGGCGGAAUACGACACUUUCCUGCUUGCCUACAUGUUCAAUUUCCUCGACCCCGAGACGGUGCCGCCGGUCAGGCGAAGAGGAAGCCUCCUAUGGUUGGGAUUCUGGCUACUAACAGUAAGCUACAUGGCACGAAUUGUGAGUCCCUUUCUCCUGGCGUACGGGGUCAUGAACCUGGUUCCGUCCUGCGCGCAGCACUUUGCGCAACGUGCCGACGCCACAUUGGCGAAAGGUGCUGCCGCUGCGGAUCUUUACCAUUAUGGCGGAGUGUCUGUCUUUCUGAGUUGGGCUUUCCCGCUCUCGUUGCUUUUGCUGUCGGUCGGUAUUCAACUCUUUAUGCAGUCCAAAGUUCGCAGACGGUUUCAAAAACCGGAACCACCAGAACUACCAAGUGCAGGUGGAGGCUUUUCCUAUUAUCUAGCCCGGUUUUCGCAGUGGUGGGAAAGCAGCGACGUGGUUUUGCUGCUCGGCAUCACAGUGAUCGGCCCUUUCCUUGGUAUUUACGCGCUUUGGACCGUUUGCGAAGCCGCGCUCAAAAACGAGAACAUCGUUCAUAAGGUGACGGCGGACAUCAUAUCGGACGAAAAAAAGGAAAACUCGGCAUCAGAACAGAAAGAUACAAUGAAACACACCUCCUGAUAUUCAUUCGAGGACUUUGCAUACGAAAUGCAUAAUGCAAAUAUUUAACCAUCCUAAGUACACGAUGUCGUCUUUUCGUUAUGCAAUCCCGAUAAGGAGGAGGAGCAACUUCUAUUAAAGAGAUUGAAACAAUGCACAGUCAUAGGAGUAGUGGCUUGAGGAAUCUAAGACGAAUUCCAGUUCCUCUUCGAUUGUAUCCACCUUCUCUGGGUACAAUUUAUUUUUUAUCAUGAUUCGAACUACAGCACGGUGAACGUAACAUGUAAUUUUCUUUCUAAUUUGUCGAAAUCUUGUGCGACAUCAAGCAUGUGAUAACUUUGAGUACAUAUCUGCAAGAGUAAGGUCGGUUCGUAGAAAAAUCGAAAAUGUAGUAUUUCCGCAACAAAAACAAAUGAUCGAUAUGGGGUUCGCGAGACCGAUUGAAGGAUGGGCCUGAUCAGUUGAUAAAAUGUUAAAUUUUCUUUUUGCGAAGAAGAUAGGCCAGACAGCUUUCGAUAUAGAAAACGUAAUUUACUUUCCAAUGGGAGAUAACUAGGCAGCGCGACCGUCAACAUGGACUAUGCAUGGAUUUAAUAUCAUUGAGUACGCGAGUACGCGACACCACGCGCUGCACAAAUUUCCUACCCCUGCAAGGCGAUGGCGAGGUAGAUUGUAGUCUCAGGUAGAACUCUGAUGAGGAUAUUGUUGCACAGGGAAAAUGACACAAACAAUAUUGGGAAUGUUCG